AGCGUACCACCCUUGCCCGCUCACGCUGAUGCAAAAGCUUGCCAGAAUCUGCCAGGCAAGCAUACGCCGGAGCCAGUCGACUUGCGUUGCAUCCAGCUCGACGCUCCCAAACUCCAAAUGUUUUCGCCAGUACUCUACGCAGAACCCGGGUGCUAAGCCUACCGCGCAAGAGCAGCGGGCAAUGGAGGACCGCCGGCGGGAACAGGCAGAAGAGUAUCCCAAUCUCUUGACAUCUCAUCCCUACUAUGACUCCUUCGACACCGAAGAACUUGAGCCGCUCAAAAACUCUCGGCAUCGUUCACGAAUCAUCAGCCGGAAUGACCCCUCCAUGUUCGUCGAACAAAUGACCAAGGAAGUCGAAGCGCAGCAAAGAGGCCAGGUGGCAUCCGAGGACGACGAGGAAGAAAUCGACUUUCAAGGUGCCCAGGGCGAGGACGACGUAGACCCGCUGAAGAUCGUCCCCCUCACCCGCGACGACCAGGCCGCGCUACACAAGUACGACCUGCUCGUCCGGCGCAUCACGCAGCAGACAGGCAAGGGCAAGAUUCACCGCAUGUACGUGCUCACCGUCGUGGGCAACGGCGACGGGCUCGUCGGCUACGGGGAGGGCAAGGACGACGAGAUCGGGCGCGCGAAGGAGAAGGCGUACGCGCAGGCCCUGCGCAACAUGGACUGGGUCGAGCGUUUUGAGAAGCGCACCAUCUUCACCGAGAUGCACGCCAAGCUCGGCUCGACGCAGAUCAUCCUCAGGCCGCGGCCCGUCGGGUUCGGGCUCGCAACGAAUCCCAAUAUCCACCAAAUACUCAAGGCGGCUGGGAUCAAGGAUUGCAGUGCGAAGGUGUGGGGGAGCCGGAAUCGACUGAACGUCAUCAAGACGCUGUUCCGGAUGCUGCAGGCAGGGAAUGCGCCGCUUAGUAUGGGUGACGGAUUUGGGGGACGCGCGAGGAGGCUGGAUGCAGGCUCUGGUGUGAGAGGAAGGGGUGACGUCGAGCGGGAACGCGGUAGAAAAUUAGUCGAUCUUCGGACGUGGUAAUAAAGUCCCUUUCGUGAAGCGCCACUGCCGGUCCUCGAGCAAAACGCAUGUCCGGAGGCUGUCAAGUCUGCAAGUCACAGAAGGGAAAGUUUCCCCAGUUUUCUCACUCGUUCCAAGCAUACGAGGUGUAAUGCAGGUCAUACAUUCAUUGCACGUGCAGAGUAGAGAUACAAUAGCCGAACAGCAGCCAGACUG